AGUUUUGCCAAAUGAGUGUCACAAACAUGGCAAAGACUUUGAAAAAAACGGAGAACAGCCUGACCGAUGUUUUGUCAGUGAUGGCGAUCGUUAAUGACGACAUGAUCUAUUCAUUUCCGUCAUCAGAGGAAGAACUCCUUCCUUCUCAAUCUUACACACAAUCGAGGCAAAAACGUAGCAGUUCUGGAUCUAGCAGCGACGGAACUCCACCAGAACGUAAGAGACGAAACAAGACUUCUGAACAUUCGGCGGAGAAUUCAGAUGCAGCAAUUGAACAAAAAUGUCAAGGCAUUUCUGAAAUCUCCCUCAAAAAACUUGUGGAGCCCGAGAAGGAUCUCCAGAGACCACGUACCAGGAAGGAAGUGAUGGAGGCCAAACAGUUCGUGAUGAAGGCAGCAACCCACUUCCAGAGCUCCCAUGUCCUUCCAGUCCUCGCAGUAGAUGGCCCUUCUGGAACAGCUUACCAGCUCCUAGGAGGGGUGUGCUAUGCUCUUGCAGCUAAGGAUCUUGUUGACGAUGAAAGAUAUGAACAUCUAUCUCGUGGAUGGCGCUGCAGGGUGUACCAAAACCUGGACAAGGUUGAGGCAUUGAGAGUGGCAUCACUGCAUAGGUGUGGGCAACCUGCUGUAGACAAGCCGUGCUUGCAGGAGGAGGUUGCUGUCUGCAGGUCAAUUCUAUACGAUGACAACAACCUUGAUGUGGAGGAUGAGCCCUGCACUAUGACUGCCUCGACAAGACGCAAGUGUUCCCUAGCCCUUGGGAAAAAUGGCUCCUUCAAUGCACUGAGGGCUCUCGAGCCAACUUUCCAGUUGGCUAGUUAUUCAAACAGAUGCUACAGGAAAGCCACUCUCCUUUUCGAUGCAACUAGAGAAUCUACUGGAAAGGAUUUGAAACAAUGUUGUUUCAUGAAGCUACAAGGACUCUCAGAAGAGGAGCGAUAUUCACUUCUUCUGGAGGCGACCUUGUCUUUGAAUGUUAAAAAGAUGAAGGCGGAUGCCGAUGAACUGAAGGCAAUGAAGAGUCUGAAGAGCGUGUUUGCUAAGGGAGUUGGGGCUAAGACGUGGGAAUUAAGAGGCGAUAGAAAGAUACCCAACCUUCACUUCAGAAGCAGCCCUGGAACCCUAUGUUGGUAUGCACAAAUCAUGGCUUCGUAUAAUGUCUAUUGAAGAGAAUAUUGAGCCCCAGCAAGAUAUACAAUAAUUGCUAUCCUGUAUCUCCAUCAAUCCAAAUUUUAAAGUUUAGAUGAACUAGUAGGGUUGACUAUUCUGACUGGGGGGGGGGGGGGGGUCAAUUUGGCCCCUGCCUCCCCCGUACACAAUCCAGGACUGCCACGUAACCGCUACAAAUCACAACCUGCCUUUCAAUGACUUUAUUGUCUCGCAACUUUUGAGACCAAAUUUGCCCCAAAAUUGGGACAGUCCAUGCUAGAGGUUAUGCAACAUUACUUAACCACACGUCUAGCCACAAUUGACAUUUUGCAUAGUACGUUUGUGUACAAAAUACUGCCUUUUCUAAAUUGUUCUAUAAAACAUGUCAAGUUCAAAUGUGGGUCAAAGGCAACAGGUCAAAAGGAAAACAGACUUUCCUUGGGAUUCCAUUAUUGCUAAAGAGUAAACUACCAGAACCCAAAAUUCACCUCCUGAUCUGCUUAUAGGGCCUAAGAUGCAGGCAAGACAACGCUUGGCGUUUGCCUUGUUUAAUGAUAUAUUAUUGAAUGUGUUAAAAUAGGAAUUUAAUUUGCAUGAAUUAUAAUAAAGUAAUAAAUGAGUGAUU